AUGGCGACAACUGAACUCACAUAUACCAAUGCGUACGAACCUUUCAACGAGCAGUGUUUUCGGGAGGAAUGUGGUACAAUACCCGCUUAUAUUCUCAAUCGAUGCGAGGAAAAGGUGAGACUCUCCUCUCUACGCGUGGAUCACACUACGGCUUUUAUCCGACCAAUCGUGCUUCAAUGUGUUGAAGGACGCAUUACACCAGAGGUAGCAAAACUCAAUAAGUACGGAAAAGAAGAGGUGUAUUUGAAUGUAUAUGGAUUGCGUCCUUCCGUGUCUCUUACAAUACGUGAUCAGAGCAGUAUUUCUAAAUGGUUCACGCCCCACUAUCUGAAUAGUAUCGUAAAUCGGAUUCGUGAAAUGGGAAUUGAAACUAUUGUCGACGCUAAACUGGUCCAUAAGUUCCCCUUUAACCAUGCUGCUGAGGGUAGUUUAUAUCAUCUUAAAUUAUACUUUGGUGGCAGCAAGAAUCCACAGUUGUGGCGGCUGCGCCAAUUGCUUCGGGAAGAUAUAACUACCGGCUCCUUAUUCUUACCCGAUUUACUGAAUUCGUCGAUCACCCCGCACACGAAUUGGUUUAUAGCCAAUCGAGCCCCAGUUUUAGGACUUCUUAAGGUAAACAAACCUAUUGGAGCGAAACAUCUCCAUUACAAACACCCCUUCAAAUGUGGGACCGCCUACUAUAAAGAUAUAGAAUUCCAGACCAACUCUGACCUCACCAUACCCUGGGAGGAUCGUGAGCAGCACACUGAAGCCAUCCGGCACAAGUUUGACGAGAUUCUGGAGACAUGCGGUUCCCCUGCCUUGAAAAAAGUAUUGCGUCAUAAUCUAAAGAAGGUCAGUACCUGUGCAGGUGAGGCCUGCACGUGGCAAGAGUUUAAGGCAGCCUGUAUUUACCCCAUCUUGGUAUGUGGUCGAUCGAAUCCUGGGAUUGAAAUAUGGCGUACAACUAUACACCGCCUUUGGAGAAGCAUUACAAAAACGAUGGACCGUAUAGAUGAAUAUGAAGAUGAGAACGACGUCUUAGCUGAACAAUGCCGAAUUGAAUUUAAACUACGGCUGGCAGCAAAGGAGUACUGGGAAAAGGUCCUGGUGAGCCAGUACUUGACCGAACACCAAAAAACGGCCCGUAUCGAGCAAUUGAUGGAGCACACUAAAACUCUGAGAGCUUUAUUCUUUGACAUUGAAGUGUCUUAUGUUCCCCAUUGUCGAAACGAGUCUUCCUUUGAAGUCAACCUCAUCUCUACGGUUCUGAGCAAUUAUAUGACAGACCAGCCGGUAGAGGCUGUAAACUUUAUGCUGCUUGCCGGUCGCCGCCAAGAUGGGGGACGAGAAGAACGUGCUGCUAUGAAUUUAAAUGUGGCCAACAUUUGUAGGAUUUCAUCGCAAGGAGUGAAGGAUCCAAUCUUUGAUCAAAACAACGUGGUUAUGAAGUACUUUAAAAAGGAGAGGCAUCUCCUGAGCGCCUUUAUUGACUACGUACGAAACUGCAAGUCUCACAUCGUGGGCUACUUUAAUGGGCACAAAUUCGAUUUUCCCUUCAUUGUUGCCAGAUUGAAAUAUCUCAAAAUGACCAGUUACAUGACAGAUUCACGGGUUCAAUUGGAUGCAGAAAGAAGACCCCGCUACAUAAACUUUUCGCUGACGCACCGACUCGAUCAGAUCCAAAUUAAGUACCGCCGUAAACCCAACAAGAAGAGCUUUCAAGAUGUCGGGGUGGAGCUGCGUGCUAAAGGAAUCGAACAAGCUCGUGGGGAAGCGGCCAAUCGUAUUGAAGACGAGGAUUUAGAUCAACUGUAUAAACAUACAGAAGUGGAUGCAUCGAAUGCUAAUCAUCAAGGUUGGGAAAACAUGCGAAUCUUCGGAGAGAAUGGCCCCGACAGCUACCCCUUACUAUCCACGUUAGAACAGACCGGAUCGGCAGAACAUUUCGAAGAACGUUGCCAAUGCGGCAUUAGUACCGCGUUAAUAAAUGCUAAACAACAUCGAAAUUUGGCAAGUCAUACUGUGGCCCUGUUAGAUGUUAUGUAUGAAGUUGGUGACCCCAAUCGAGGCUGUAAAUUGGAAACAGCUGCAGAAAAAUGGCUCAAUACCACCAAAGUUCAUGACGAGAAGGUUUCGUAUGAAAAUAUAACAAACACAUGGCGCAAUGGAAGUGUCGAAGACCUUGAACUCUUUUGUGGCUAUUGUCUCAAAGACAGUGGGCUUACCUAUGCUCUAACCAACGUGCUACAGACCUUGACAUUUGCCGCAGGAAUGGCUGAAAUUAGUACCCUCCCCUUUAGGGAGCUUUUUCUAAAUGAGAUGGUUAGAACAGUAAUGUCGUCUUUGGCUUCUUUUAGUUACAAACAGGGCGUGUACAUGCCUGACACAACCUUGGUUCGUGACGAAGGCCUACUGUGGGAGCCAGGGCAUGAAUUCAAUGAAGAAAUUGAUAUCUACAACUUAGCUGUUCCUGCGGGCCGCACUGUGAAUAAUAAUGGUUUGUAUAAUCUACUCAUCACGGUGUUUGAUUUCAGUGGCCAAUAUCCCUCAAUCCAGAGAGCACAUGGCAUUUGCGCCACAACCCUAUUGCGAAAAUCAUUUGCAAAGAAGCUGAAUCCUGACCAAUACACCACUAUCGAACUCCAAAAUGUACGCCCCGUGGUGGAACAUGCUUGCCCUGAGGAAAACUGUGGCGGUGGCGUCGAAGGUGUAAAGGACCCGCGCAUGUGUACUUACAGACACCACUUUGAACGGAUCAAUUUUGAGGUCUACUAUGCUAAACACAACGUCUUUACCGGCAUCAUGCCUCAGUUUUUGAAACUCAUGGCCAACUUGCGUACAAAAUAUAAGAAUCAAAUGGCACAGACCAGCGACCUUAUAGAAAAGGGCCUUUACAAUGUGUUACAGAAGGCCGUCAAAUGUGCCAUGAAUGCAACCUAUGGAGUAUGUGUACGUACUGCGGGUCCCGUGGGAGCGACUAUAACACAAGUGGGCCGAAACCAGAUUGAAUUUGUGGCUCGCAAGGCAAAAGAAGCGCAAAUGUACGUCGUUAAUGGCGACACGGAUUCCGUCAUGAUUUCUGACAAAAAUGCCACCACUGGACCUGAAGGUCAGGGGCGCAUGUCGUGUCUGAGUCGUAACUUAUGCGGUAAGAAUCGCGCCUCAGUUACUGAGAUUUUUACCAAGUAUUUUGAGAAACAAGAGAAGUUUUGUAACUACUUGAAUUCGAUGUUUCCGCAUCCUUGCAAGAUUGAGUUAGAGAAAGUGUUUCUCUUCCAAUGUAUGUUUCACAAGAAAUGUUACUACGGACAGAAGGUCAUUCCCGGCUCACUAGCUCUAGUAGCUCACAAAGCUGGCUUGACAGGCAUUAAGGCCGAUAGGACGAAGGUGAAAACGGCUGCUCAAAUCGCUACAAGUAAGAUGAUUGGACGCAAUGAUAUUUGCGGUCUUGUAAAAUUCGCCGAACUACUGUAUGAAGUCGUGACCGUGCGCAUGCGGGCACAGGAGAUUGCUGACCAGCAGGUUAAUGACUACUGCGACCUAAUUGAUUACGAACUAGAAGAUUUUUAUGAGACUCUCCCAACUUCUCAGAAGACGGGUGACCAGGAUAUCUAUUUACCUAGCCAGAGAAGACGCGUCUCCCCAUCGACUUUAAAACAUGCUUACCAUCAGUCUUGUACGGCUCGAGAGGAUCUCAAAAAAUUUGACGACAGCGACACCCAUAAUGCUUUGGUUGAGAAAUAUUCUCACGGUAAUAUCCUGCCUUUGGAUUGGAUGAAGAGUGUGGAGAAGGUGGGCGAUAUUAAUGAACCAAAGACGCUGGCUACUAAACAGGCUAUCCGGGCCUGCAAACGAUCAGGCGUUGAUCUUUGUACCGCUCCAACAUUCGUUGAGUUGUUCCGAAAACAUGAUGUUCAGGUCUCGGCCACUUUAAAAGAUAGCUUGCAGGUGUUGCUCCAUGCCAUUGAAGAGCCUGAGGUUCGUUGUCGGAGAGAACAGAUUGAACGUCAAGAAUUAGGAGAAAAAGCAUGGGCCAUGGAGCAAGAAAAACGUGCUGCCCGUCAAAGACGAAUAGAGACGGCUAGUAACACCAUAACUCGGCUAUCCGUCACAGCAAUGCCUAGAGAACUGGUAGCGCCUGAAGAGGAACGCGCCUACUUUACCGAGAAAGAACGCGCCAAAAUUUAUCAUGUAAUUAAGAAAAUCGAGACUUGGGAUAAGAAGAUUGCAUACGAGCGCAAGUGUAAUUUCAAGGAGAUUGUAUUUGAUUUACCUGAGAAACACAGCGAAGCCGAUAUUGCUCAACUACGCAUGUACAUUGACGAUUUGGAAGAAAAUGAGCCACAUCUACCCAUUUGGUGGUACGACGAAGCUUAUUGUUUAACCCAACCGCCUCCACCUGACACUUGGUGGGAUCUGCCUGACUCAGGAGCAGUGUGUGAUUUUUGGUGUAUGUUUAGCAAGACUGACCUAACGAGACGUUAUAUUCAUAUUUCGGGAGGACCGGUGUCGCGCAUCAUGCUUAGUAACGACGUGUUAAAAGAUGCUAAAUUUUUAGACGUAAACCAAUCCUCUUGGAACAAGCAGAAUGUCUACUCGAUUUCUAUGACGGAUGAAACAGAAUACUUUAGCCUGGAUAUGGGUGGGCGCUAUGCUUUACAAACAUCUUCUACACCGGUUUUGCUUACCUCUAUAGAUGGAAAACAGCGUUAUCUCACUAAUAAGGAUUCUUUCUGUCAUAACACCCGCAACAGAUUUAGUUUUGCUACACAGUUGGAUCAGCUGAUGACAACAAAGCAACGACUUGCCCCAACAUCUAGCUGUUACAAUGAUAUUAUAGCUAUAUACCCCAAACAAUACACGAACAAAGUAAUUAUCCGACACAACACCACCGGCACAAAACACGAGCUGAUUGAUGUUGCCAUUUUACGAGACGACAAUCGCUUAGUUGAUACAUGGAUAUUCGAGGACGGACCAUUCUACAUGAGGCUGGGAGAGUUGCAUAACAUCAUCAACGCUGUACAGCUGCCCAAUCAACCUGCCAGGCUGAAAGUGAUAGAACUUAGGUUUGAAGAUGAGCCCAUGAACGCUGUGUUGCGUGUUGAGAGGGCUAUAGAUGUAAAAAAAUGGACACAUAACAUUAGCAAAGAUCCAGACACCCUUCCGCCGUUUGUGAGUAAAGUUUAUGAUAUCUUCACAAUGUCAGCUCAGUCUGGUAUCAAGGCUCAGUCUGGUAUCAAGAGAGGCCGUCCUGAAAUACCAUGCGCCAUUCGUCACCUCAAGAAGCCCCGUAUCAAUGUUCUUCCUAAAGCGUCUACAAAACCACGAGGUGUUAGGAAGUGCAUGGACAGUAAAAAGCAGAGCAGCCUUACUGGUUUUUUGAAAGUUAAAGAAUGA